UGUUCAGCGGACUCGGAUGGUGCGAAGCUCCAAAUGAGGCACUCAGACCUCCAGGAAUGACAGCCGCUGUCACCGGGAGUGACAACUUCCACUCUGAGCGACUCCGCUGAAACUCCUCCAGCUGACUCCCCUCACCGGUCCGGAGCGGAUCCAACCAUACCCGGGACUAUGCCAGAGAUGGAGAAAGGAAGACCGCCGGAAAAUAAACGCAGCAGGAAACCAGCGCACCCAGUCAAGAGAGAGAUCAACCAGGAGAUGAAGUCUUUUGCCGAAAGCACCAUGAACGAGCUCCUGGGAUGGUACGGCUACGACAAGGUCGACCUCCGAGAGUCCGAGGCCAACGAGAUCAGAAACUACAGAGAGAGGCGUCAGCAUGUGUCUGUGCUAAAAGAAAACUCAUUGCCAAAACCCAAAAGUGUUGACAACAAAGUCAGCCACACAGUUCUGGCCAUGAAGAGCGGAGAAAGAGAACCUCCCAGCGUCCCGUCCUCUUCGCCCACCUCUUCCUCAACAAGCUCAUCCUUGAGCACCCCUAAGGAGCACCAGAGUGCCCCUGUGAUUGUCCCGCUCAUAAAGCCAUCAGCAGUGGAAGAUGUACAAAAUGUGCAGAUUGUAUGUGUUUGGUGCCAGAAGGAAGGUGUGAAACGCUAUUCUCUGUGUAUGGGCUCGGAGCUCAAGAGCUUCUGCAGCGAGAAGUGUUUUGCCGCCUGCAGACGGGCCUACUUCAAACGCAAUAAGGCCAGAGAUGAAGACCUCCACAGUGAGAGAUCCCCUCAGCACCCUCAUCCAGAAGACUCGCCCAGACUCGUGUUAAAGAUAAACACCAAUGUCAGAUCUUUGUCCCCUGUGCCGCAGGUAUGUGACUGGUGCAAGCACGUUCGUCACACUAAAGAAUACCUGGACUUUGGAUCUGGUGAGGAACGACUUCAGUUCUGCAGCACCAAAUGUUUGAACCAGUACAAGAUGGAUGUUUUCUACCGGGAAGCCCGUGCGGCUCUCACCAGCACCAGUUCCAGCCCGAACAGAACCAGCCAGGACAGGAGGGUGGACAGCAGUGUGGUUGGGCAAAAGCUACUCACUCCAGAGUCUUGGAACAGUGGCAACAAUGCAGGGGAGGCACGCAAUAGAAACGUCUCACCUAAAGGUGCUUCACUGAUCCAUGGACCAGAAUCCACAGCGAUCUCCCCUUCAGAAGCAUCCUCUUCUUCUUCCAAAGUCCCUGGCUCAGGGCUGAGGUCGCUGGAGAGGUCCAUUCACCCUCCCCCACCUCACCCUGCUGUUGCAGUGUCACCCCAUUCUGGUCCCCUUCCACCCCCACUUCUUCCUCCUCGCCCAUCUCUUGAACAAAAGCCAGUACCCCAAAUCCCCAUGUCUUUUAUUAGGCCUCCUCUUCAUGCUCAGGGCCUGAAAAGCCCUCUUACCAAUCAUCCUAGACAUCCAGCUCCACCUUCCAGUCCUAUUCACAGACCCUCACAUUCUCCUCACAUGCAACCCCCGACAUCUGCAUCCAUGAAUCCACCUGGGAUGAUGCCUCCUUUCCCAGGAGCCUACUUCCCUGGCUUGCACUCCCCUCCUAUGAACAUGAUGCCAAGAUGCCCAGUCCCAAUGCCUCACUUAAUGAACUAUGGUAUUCCAUCUUUUAGUCCUCUUCUGCCCCAUCCUACUGUCCUGGUGCCUUAUCCCAUCAUUGUUCCUCUGCCAGUCCCAAUACCAAUCCCGAUCCCUAUUCCUGUCCCUCCUAAAGCAACAGUAGAAACCCCAUGUCACAGUGGAGUUAUCCAACCUGUGCCGGAUGGGUUAGACAGAGGUAGAUCCAGGGCUGCCAGGCCACCAUCUCCAAGAAUCGAUGAAGGAGACAGUAGAUUGGUAGCCAAUAAAUUGGAUGGAGCUUUUCCACAUUGGCUCAUGUCACCAUGUGAGCCCAACGCAAGGGAUACAGAUUGGGUUAAAUCAGAGAGGCCAUUUCUGUCCCCAGCUUCCACACCUCAAAGUGGAGCAUCCUCUCCCAGAGCACAGUACAACGAAUCACACUGCCCAGCAACAGGCUCAGAAGGGCUGUCAGACUAUAAACAGCAUCAGGUAGUGCGACAAGUGAUACAAAGGGUUCUCCAAAGGACCCAAGUGAAAGUGGAGCCAAGUGCCAAUGGAGUGAUUGAACCAUCAGGGUUUGGUGAGUUGGGACCUGGUCAGGUUAACCGAUCAGGGCACCAUGAUAUCAUCAGACCCACCCCUCCUCUACCACAAUCCCCCUCGCACGACACCAUCCACCAGCAGCAGGACUCCCACAGUCCCUUUUCUCACACACCACCUAGCCCGGUGGGGAGCGACCAUUCACAUGAUGCCAAGUCCUCUACCCUGACGUCUCAGGAUCAUGCUAAAAAUGGUGUGUCCGCCUCGUCCACACCUGCCAGCAUGGACUCGUUACCAGCACCACAGCAGGACUCUUCACUUAGUGAGCUGGAAGCUAUCAAAGAGAACAAGUGCUCUGUUGUUAGCCCACUGCGGGUUGAAGGCCCCGUCAAUCAGUUAGAAGGGCCCUUAAUAGUAGCUGGGGAGGCAGGAGAGGACUCCCGUGUUCCAGAUGAGGACCAUGCCUAUGCCCUGCCCACAGCGCCAAAGACAGGUGGGACCACCACCCCACUGCUCUUGCCCAAACUCAGGGACAAGGGAAACCUGCGGAGUCCUGCUAAUGUACCCAUUGCUGGAGACUUGGAGCCAGCCCUGAAGAGGCGAUGCCUACGAAUCCGUGAUCAGAAUAAGUAGACGAUGGAGACUGCCUGUUUAACACUGUAUGGCGGUGCCAGAUUCAGUGCCGCUCCCUCUUGUGGACAUCAGCAGUGCUAACACCCUCCAGCCUGUCCAUCAGCCUGCCAGCCCACCGGAGUGUUGCUCUGCCUGUGGGCCAGCAGGGUGCCAAGCCAGGAAGCAGUCCAGAUGGCCAAAGCAUCACAAGUCAACAAGUGGGAUGAACACACAACGCAGUCUCACAUUUUGUCUUGGACCAAAGAGCAGUGCCGACUUGUGUGUUAUAUUGUGUUCAGCGGGCGCUUGAAAUGGAGAUUCUCGGAUCCUCUUCCUGUAUGACAUUGCCCCUAAAGCGUGUAUGUGUGGCUGCACAGAUGCACUCGUCCUCCUCCUUUUCCUCCUCCUCUCCUUGCUCCACGCAGCAGACAGGUCUCUGAUCAGCCUUGUGUGGUCUUCUCAGAUGGAGUCUGAACAUGAUCUCUUUCCAGGGGAAAUGGUUUGUUUUCUCUGCCCGGCUUGCACAAAGAGCCACAUUGUUCCUCUCCCCAUAUCCCACGCUGACUCUCCACUUCAGGUUUUGGGUUACCUGGCCGAUGGGGGCUCAGACUUCAGGAGCUUUUUUUUUUUUUUUUUUUUUCUUAAUUAUUAUUAUUUUUCUGGAGUAACAGCCAGGAAUAUAGUAUAGCCUUCUCUCCUUCAACCAUCCGCCCAAUCUAAAUAGAGAACGUGUUACACACACUGGCUCUGAGGUUUUAUCCCUUGCAGCUGAUUGCCCGAGAUUCCCUGCUCUGCUCACUUCCUGUGAAGGAGGAGAGAAAUCUGCUGAGACGAAGACUUUUAUCAAUGGGCAGUUUUUCCCCGCUCUGUAGAGAGAACGAAUCCCUGAGGACGGAUUUGUCUCCUUCCUCCAAAAAAUAUAAGACAACACUGACUGAUACACGGUAGCUAAGAAUGAUCUGUGAUCACUAAUCGUCAUGACGACGCUGGUACACAAAUGUGUGAUUUACAGAUUUCACCCGAUCUACCGAAUGUUGGGCAGCAUCUCAGAAUGAUUUUCAGCACUGAGUGCCAUGCAUGAUGUAAAUCUUGUGGCCAGUCAGAUAUGACAGUGUAAAUGUUACACAUUUCUAAAUGAUAUCAACUCGGACUGAAGGAUUCUGAUAAACUAAAGAACUCCUGUAAUAUUACCAUGUGUGGUAUUAUAUUCAAAGGCAACAAAUGCUGUAGUAGACAGUGAACAGUAUUACAGUACAUUUCCCACUUUUGGGGAUACUUUGAUUCAGCCAGAUCACUUAGAGGCGUGUCGACACUUGUAAGAUUUCAGUUUUCUAGUUGAACUCUACACAGAUACUAUUUGAUGUUAUAUUAACUUAUGGGUGACACAUCUGUAGAUUUCUUUUUUUUUUCAAAAAUGCUUUAUUUCUUAAUUUGUAUUCUUAUUUUAUGAUUUUUUUCCCCCGCUUUUUUUGUGACUGCCAAAUGCCACAUCUUUACGUUUAUACACUGUAUCUCCACUAGAGAGCAGUGUUUACCUUUGUUACUUUGCACCUGCCCUUUUUAGGCCCAUUACAGUCUACUGAAAUCUGUCGUGCCGGACACAAGAAAAUCAUUCACCACCAUCUGAUUGUUGUCCAAUGCAAAUUGUUUAGCUUGAUCUUCAUUUUUAUUUAUUAUUUUUUUAUUGCCAUAAUCAUGUCAUUGAAUCCAAAUACUGCCUUCUUCAACCCUUUCAAAGUUUCUUCCUUAUAUAGACUUCAUAACCUACUACACCUGCCAUCAUUCCAAUCCCACUCAUCUCCUUUCUGUGUGCCUGCUUCUGUGUCCUGUCUGUGACUGCACAUUUCACGGUCUCCCCUCUCAUUCCAGUCCACUUCCUCAACCCCAAGUCACGCCAUUAUGACAGUGCCAUGCUCAGCUGGCAAGUGGACUUUGUCAACAGUUUGCAUGAGUCAGUGAUGAGUUCACUUCAAACAAAUAGUGUCGCUGUCAACAAGCACUUCUCCCAUCUGAUGGCAGAUGCCAACAAAAUGCCUAAUGAGGUCUGCCAUUGUUAGUUUUACUUCUUAUUUCUUAAACCAUUGACAUUUCUGAUGGAAAAAAAAAGAAAAGGAAAUCUUUUGUGUCAUAGGUUUUGUUGCUGUUGUUGUUGGAAAUGCAUAGAUAGGCCUACUAUCUGACCUCCCCGUCACACAUUUAAUCUAUAUGAUCAGAGACUGUCAGAUUGUUUGUAUUUGAAUAAAAAUAAAGUAACUGAGAACUUUAAUGGAGAUCUCUUUGUAAAAUAAAUAAAUAAAAGUUAUUCUAA